ACAACAGCAGCAACAACAACAACAACAACGAGAAGUGUUGCCGACAAGCGAUGACAGGCUGUUGACGGCCGACCAGCUACCAGCUACUGAUGACAAGCACACGCUGGCCAGCCAGGUGCCACCAAACUAUAAAAUCAUCACAUUCGGAACGAAGUGGUUCGGCCGUAGCUGGAACAUCGCAAACGGUACUGCCGCUGUUCGUGGCUGCCGUUAUUCAAACUGCUACUUUUUCGGACACGAGCAUUUUGCGAACAAGUGGCUGCGACGCAGAGCCGACGCCGUCUUAUUUCAUAUACGGGACAAACCUAAGACGAUGCCGCUUCCCAUUCCGGACUACCAUCCACCCCACCAGCGAUGGGUGUUCAAAAUGCGAGAGAGCCCUGUACACACUUACAGAAAUCUCUCGGAUUACAAUGGCAUCUUUAACUGGACAAUGACGUAUCGCAGCGAUUCGGACAUCUACAAUCCACGCGGUAUUUUCGUGCCGUACAAGAACGUCACGCGGCAGGAUACAUUAGACAACGUACAUCCAGACAAGGAUUACGCACAAGGAAAGACGGGGCUGGUUAGCUGGUUUGUGAGCCACUGUGUUACGGACAACAAGCGAGAGCAUUAUGUUGGCAAGUUGCACAAAUUUGUCUCCGUGGACAUUUAUGGACGAUAUAAUCUGGCGCCAGCAUACAUCAGCGCUUCUAUAUGUACCAACAAUAUCCUAGUACACGCACACACACGCACACCUAUAGUGAUGGGGGCGCCACGCGAGGAUUUGCGGCGCUUCGCUCCUCCCGGCUCCUACAUACAUGUCGACGACUUCGAAACAGUUGAACAGCUGGCAAACUACCUACAGGAACUGGACGCCGACGAUGUGGCCUACAGUAGAUACUUCAGGUGGAAGCAACUAGGUGAAGUGAUAAAGAAUGGCGAAAGCGCAUACUGUAGGUUGUGCGAAGCAUUGCACGACGCGAAUGAACAUGUGAAGUGGUACGAUCAUAUCGACACCUGGUGGAGUAAAACCGACUGCGCCGCUUUGCAAAAGGAUAUUGCAGAAGUAACUGGUAAAGUUUCCAGGAGGAAAUUGGAAAAUGGGAUGUGA